AUGAGUCCUCAAGAUGGCGACGAUGCUAGCCUAGCAGACGAUUCUGAAAUGGCUUUGACAGGAAUUAACAUGUUGUUGAAUAACGGUUACGAUGAAGCAAGAGCUCUGUUCGAGAAAUACAAGAAUGAAAGUCCAUUGAUGCAGGCUGGUUACAGUUUUGUCUAUUUCAUGCAAGCUUUAAUGUCUUUUGAAGAGGAAAAAUUGGCUGAAGCAUUAAAGAUAUUGCAAGAAACAGAGAAAAAAUGUGAAGUGAGCGAUGGAUUUGUUAAAAGUAUGAAGAGAAAACUGUCCAAGAAGAAAAAACAGAGUGCUAAUAGUGUAGGUUUAGAAGAUAAGUUACAGAGACAGAUAAUAGUAGCAGAUAGUCUACUCUACCAGUCUAUACUUACCUUCACCAAUCAAGAUAUACCCAGUUAUAUGAAAGGGGGCUGGUAUUUACGUAAGGCCUGGAAAAUUUACGAGAAGCUUCACAAAGAAAUCAACAAUAUUCGAAAUCGUCAAAUACAGAGUAAGAUUCAGCAGAUGCAAGCCAGUCUUCCCCCUACUGUUAACGGAAAUGUCUCAAAUUCCAGUAACUCGUCGAAAGAGGAAGUUGUCGACGGAAACUCGAACGAAUUAAGUGAACAAAUCGUAGCCCGACUUUUAGGAUCAGUGAAUUUUGGAUACGGAACAUUUCAGUUAUGUAUCUCAAUCAUGCCACCAAAGAUUUUAAAGUUGAUAGAAUUUCUAGGAUUUGAAGGUGACCGAGAAGCUGGUUUGAAUGCAUUGGAUUUUACCAGUCAUUCUGAAGACAUGAAAGCUCCCCUAGCAACCCUUGGCUUACUAUGGUACCACACAGUUUUACGUCCUUUCUUUGCUGUCGACGGCGCCAAUGGCUACAGCGCUGGUACAUCAGAUGCGGAGGCCAUCAUUGCAUCCAAAGAAAAAGAUUUUCCAAAUUCGUCAUUGUUUUUAUUUUUUCGUGGAAGAAUACAUCGUUUACGGGUAGAAACAGAUGCGUCUAUAACGAUGUAUAGAAGAGCGUUUGAUGAGGCCAAGGGACAGAGAGAGAUAGAGUUAAUGUGUCUGUAUGAAAUCAGCUGGUGUAAUCUAAUGAGAUUACAAUGGAAAGAUUGUUUAGAUGGGUUUGGUAGACUAGCUGAGGAAUCUAAAUGGUCCAAGGCGUACUAUUCUUAUCUAAGAGGCAUUUGUAUUGGAGCAAUGGGAGAAUUAAAAGAAGCUCAUUCUAUAUUAAAAGAAGUACCUGGACAAGUUAAAAAGAAAAAUAACCAAAUUGAAGCAUUCGUCUUAAGACGGGGAGAGAAGUUAAAGAAACAGGCGCCUAGUCAGGAAUUCUGUCGAUUACUGGCUCUAGAAUUGAUGUUUUUAUGGCACGCUAUUCCAACUUGUACUGAGGCUGAACUUAAACCGAUGUUAGAUGUUUGUGAUAUGCAGACAGAUCAUAAAGCGUUACAUAUCAAGUCUCUAGUAGAGGGCGCUAUAUUUAAAGAAUUAGGACAAGAAGACAUGGCAGUGGCGGUAAGUUUCUAUAAACUUGUUUAUCAAGACUGCUGA